CAGCAAAGCAACGGCUUGAUGAUUACAUUCAGAAACACACACACACACACACACACACACACACACGCACACAGUAUUACCCAGAUGUGCUCAGCGUUUCUCUCAGAAGUCUCAGACCGUGUCACCGUUAGCAUCUCACCUCCAGAAGACGUGGCUGCGACACAGACGUCACAUCAGCAGCUGAAAUUCCUGAGAAACCGAUGAAGGAUGUUCGCGCCUCAGAGGCCAAUCACACUCCUGCUCUUCCACCUAUUUAACUCAGUCACCACAUCCAUCCACCGCCCACCUGCUCCAUCACCUGACCCCUCGAGACUCCCAUCAUCCACCUCUCCUGUCACCACUCCCUUCACCAGCAGCACUGGAGAGUCAAGUCCAGAGGCUGCCUGCACUCUGACCACAUCACCCUCCACCCUGGUGGUCAGGUUUGGAGAUCCUGCUACAGUCAACUGCUCUCGAUCUAAGAUGGAGUUUACACCCCUGGGAUGGAACGCACCAACGCCAGUUCCAGAGCCCAUGGUGGCUCAGUAUCUAGUCUGGAGUGUAGACAGGAUGACUGAGUGGAGCAUCCAGCUCAUGUGUUAUGCACUAAUUGAUCAGGAAGGGCAGUGUCAAAUUAACGUCCCAGUAGUGGUCUACAAGCCUCCGGACAACGUGUCCAUCAGCUUUGUCAACCACUGCGGGGCCAUGGUGGAGGGUCACCGGUACUCUCUGCAGUGUGAAGUGCAGCAGGCCGCUCCUGUUGAACUCCUGACUGUGACCUUUUAUAAAGGUCAAACGGCACUGGCUCGACUCCGCUCCAACAACACCGUGAAGGAACCGGUGACUGAAGUCUUCACUCUGGACAUCCUCCCCAAGAAGGAAGACAAUGGGGUUCAGUACUGGUGUGAGGCCGAGCUGGAACUAGGACCCGAAGGACCAAAGCACCCCCCAGUGGUGACUUCGCAAAAAUUCAACGCCUCAGUGAACUUUGGACCACACCUUCACUGCCCAGAAAAGCUACAGGUGAGAGAAGGGGAGAGUCUGGUCUGUGACGUCGGAGGGAACCCCCAACCCUCAGUCACCUGGUACAGAGACGGACAGGCAGUGGGUUUGCCCACUUACUCCAGCAGAAAGCAUGCUGGGAAAUACACGGCACAGACGAGAGGACAUCUUGGAGAGAAGAACUUCACAGUUGAAGUCGAAGUCCUUGUUGGCAGUGGAACUGCCAACAGCUGUAACAGAUACAUCCUGUCAGCCGUGGUUCUGAUCCAGAUGAUUUACCGGCUGUGAAACGGCAGAGAAAAAUUCCAGCGUUUCUGAUCUCAAACACUGAUCAAUGAACUGCUCUGCACAGGAGCUUCUGUGUAGGCUCUCAGUCAUCCAGGUCAUUCAAUCCAAAAAUAGUUACAACUGGACGAAGUAGGUUUUUUAAAAAAAAAGACGUUUCACUGGGAAAUUCUGGUAUUUAGCCUUUCUGCAACAACCCUCGUUACACGUUUAAUUUAAUUUAGCCCCUUUGAGACUAAAUACCAGAAUUUCCCAGUGAAACAUCUUAAAAAAAAACAAAAAACCUACGUUGUCCAGUUGCCCUCCAUGUAACUAUUUUUGGAUUCUGUAUAGGUACACUUUCUUUGGGUAUUUCAUGGAAGUAUUUGUAAAUCACAGCAUUGUCAGCUUAAAAAAAAAAAGAAAAAAAGAUUCAGUCUGAUGUCUAUCCACACAACACUGCAAAGCCUCGUGGUUCUAGUUUGAAUGUACAAGUUAUUACAAAUGUUGCUUAAAAAAAAAAAACACCUUGUAUUGGUUCAGCCCAUCACACAUUUGCUUCCAAUUAUAUUGUUUGUUUUCUUCAGUAAUUGGUUACAUAAUUAAUCAAGCUGGUUACACAGUGUUCUUGAUAAUCCAUUUAUUAUUUAUUAUUAACUUAACACAGAUCACAUUACUUUCACUACAAGUCAGAAUAAAGGAAUGAAAAUGAGGAAAUGAACAUGAACUGAAGAAUUCACCCCACUGAUCAACUUGUUACAGUGUAAUCCAAGUGUUAACGCCAUUAAAAUGAUGCUUUCAUUCAUCUGACUGUAACAGUAAACAGCUGCUGUUGACUGUGAGCCUGUCACAUGUCCAGGUCUCCUCUGUGGAUCUGAAAGAGAACACACACACACACACACACGCACGCAUAAUUCUGUUGACUCUGUUGAAGCAUGAAUCUGCCACAAAUGUCUAACAGCUGUUCUUUUGUUAUGCAACCACUAGGGGUGUAAGAAAAUAACACUACAAUAAAAUAUUACGA